AUGUCGGUGAAGCCUAUCCGCGAGCAUGCAGGGAAGAGCCUCCUGGAGAAGUACUUGCCAGAGGUCUCCGGCGGCAAGCACAAGAUGGGAUGCGCAGGUGUGCUCGUGACGCCUGCUGUGCUGGACAGCACUGGAAGCCAGACUUGGGACAGCAUUCUGCAGGAAAACCCAUGGCUGAAGACGACCAACUUGGUGGCCAAGCCGGACCAGCUUAUCAAGCGCCGUGGCAAAGCCGGGCUCCUUGCCGUGAACAAGCCCUUCGAGGAGGCCAAGAAGUGGGUGAUGGACCGCAUGUGCAAGGAUCAGCAGGUGGAGCACGUCACCGGGCAGCUGAACCACUUCUUGAUCGAGCCAUUUGUGCCCCACAAGCAGGAGCAGGAGCACUACAUUUGCAUGCUGUCCCACCGGUACCAUGAUGAGAUCCUGUUCUAUCAUGAGGGUGGUGUCGAUGUGGGCGAUGUCGAUGCGAAGGCAGAGAGGUUGGAGCUUCCAUUUGGCGACAAGCUGACGGAGGCCAUCGUGACGGAGAAGUUGUUGAGCAAGUUGCCGGGCGCCAAGAAGGGCAACAUGGCAUCCUUCAUUCUCAGCCUCUACAAGUUCUACACCGAUCUGCACUUCGCCUACCUUGAGAUCAACCCUCUUGUCAUGCUUGAUGACAACACUGUGGUCCCGCUCGACAUGGCUGCUAAGAUCGAUGAGACUGCAAACUUCCUCUGCGCGCAGAAGUGGGGUGAGCUGGAUUGGCCACCACCAUUCGGCCGUGCUGCCUACCCCGAGGAGGCCCUCAUCCGUGAUAUGGAUGGCAAGACGGGUGCCUCACUGAAGCUGACCAUCCUCAACGAGAAAGGACGAGUCUGGACCAUGGUUGCUGGCGGAGGCGCCUCUGUCGUGUACGCGGACACCGUUGCGGACUAUGGCAUGGGCACAGAGUUGGCGAAUUACGGAGAGUACUCCGGAGCUCCGUCCACGGAAGAGACUUUCGUCUAUGCCAAGACCCUGCUGUCGCUGAUGAUGAAGUACAAGCAUCCUGAUGGCAAGUACCUCAUCAUUGGUGGUGGUAUCGCUAACUUCACCGAUGUGGCCGCAACCUUCACUGGCCUCAUCAAGGCUCUGCAAGAGUAUGCAGAGGACAUUAAGGAGCACAAGAUCAAAAUCUACAUCCGUCGUGCAGGGCCCAACUACUUAGAGGGCCUGCGGAAAGUGAAGGCGGCCAGCGACAAGCUGGGGCUGGGCAUCAAAGUCUAUGGGCCUGAGACGCACAUCACCGCCGUCAUCCCAAUGGCCUUGGGCCUGAUCCAGCCACUUCCGGAGCCAGACCUUUCGGCACCCUGCGGUCCCCCAGUGAGGAGCCUGGUCGACAUGAAGGGCAAGAAGCCCACGCCUAAGGGCCACCCGCCGGCGCCAGCAGGCACCAAGCACACGCUUGUCACAGCCACGCCUGAGACCACCUGCAUUGUGUACGGCAUGCAGAACCGCGCUGUCCAGGGCAUGCUUGAUUUCGACUUUAUGUGCAAACGCAAGAAACCUUCUGUGGAAGCCAUGAUUUUCCCUUUCUCCGGCAACCACUACGUCAAGUUCUACUGGGGCACCGAAGAGGUCCUGAUGCCUGUCUACACGACCACGAAGGAGGCCGUGCAGAAGCAUCCCAACGUCUCGGUCUUCGUCAACUUUGCUUCUUUCCGCUCCGUCCAUGAGACGUCGAUGGAGGCCAUGACCCACUCCAACCUCAAGACCAUCGCCAUCAUUGCCGAGGGAGUUCCCGAGCAGCAGACGAGGGAGAUCAUUAAGGUUGCGGAAGCCAAGGGCGUAGGCCUCAUUGGUCCUGCGACGGUGGGCGGCAUCAAGCCGGGCUGCCUCCGAAUUGGCAACACCGGCGGAAUGUUGGACAACAUCGUCAUGUCCCGCCUUUAUCGCCCGGGAUCCGUGGCAUAUGUCUCCAAGUCUGGUGGAAUGUCCAACGAGCUCAACAACAUCGUGUGCCGAAACUCGAAUGGCGUCUACGAGGGAGUCGCAAUCGGUGGUGACCGCUAUCCAGGCAGCCGCUUCCUUGAUCACUUCCUCCGCUAUCAGGAUGACCCCAAGGCCAAGAUGCUGCUGCUCUUGGGAGAGGUUGGCGGACUGGAUGAGUACGACCUCAUCGAGGCUGUCAAGAAAGGUCGAAUCACGAAGCCGGUGGUGGCCUGGUGCGUGGGAACGUGCGCGUCCUGCUUUACAACCGAGGUCCAAUUCGGGCAUGCGGGUGCGCAGGCACGUGGUGACAUGGAGACCGCCGCCGCAAAGAACAAGGCGAUGAAGGAAGCUGGCUUCCAUGUCCCAGACUCCUUCGACAAGCUGCCAGAGAUGAUCAACCAGGUGUACACCGGCCUGGUGGAAGCGGGCGAGAUUGUGGAGGAGCCGGAAGGUGAGACCCCGCAGGUGCCUAUGGACUACACUUGGGCCAAGAAGCUGGGUAUGGUGAGGAAGCCCGCGAACUUCAUCUCCUCCAUCUCGGACGACCGUGGGGAGGAGCUCACGUAUUGCGGAAUGUCCAUCUCCGAUGUCUUCACGAAGGAGAUCGGCAUCGGUGGCGUGCUCUCCUUGCUUUGGUUCCGCCGCCAGCUCCCGGCUUACUGCACCAAGUUCGUGGAGAUGAUUCUGAUGGUCACAGCCGACCACGGCCCCGCUGUCAGCGGCGCUCACAACACCAUCGUCACGGCUCGCGCAGGCAAGGACCUUGUGUCCUCCCUCUGCAGUGGCCUGCUAACAAUUGGUCCGCGCUUUGGUGGCGCACUUGACGACGCUGCCAAGAUGUUUGCAGAGGCCCAGGGCAGUGGUGUGGCGCCGAAGGAUUGGAUCGAGAAGAUGAAGAAAAGCAACCAGCUCAUCAUGGGGAUCGGACAUCGAAUCAAGUCCUUGGCCAAUCCCGAUCAGCGUGUGGAGAUUAUCAAGGGCUUCGCCAAGAAGAACUUCAACUCCACGCCCGUUCUUGACUAUGCACUGGCAGUGGAGCAGAUCACAACACGAAAGAGAGCAAACUUGAUCCUCAACGUCGACGGUUGCAUCGCUGUGUCGUUUGUGGACAUGAUCCGCUCAUGCGGUGCAUUCUCAAAGGAAGAGUGCGACGAUCUGAUGGCCUUUGGCUGUCUGAACGGCCUCUUUGUUCUAGGCCGAUCGAUUGGCUUCAUUGGACACUACUUGGACCAGCUGCGGCUGAAGCAGCCUCUGUACCGCCACCCUUGGGAUGACAUCACUUACAUCCAGGAAGACUGUCAGUUCUUUGCGUUUGUACGUCGCCUUGAUGUCCUGAGGCUGGCGCCAGGAGCCAUGAUUCCGCUGAGUGUCCAAGCCUUAAAUGGGAACGCGAACCGAGCAAACAAGAUCUACGUCCGAACGUUAAGGCUGGUGCUGAGGGUGCUGGUGGUGCAGGCACCGCGCCUCCAGCUGCAGCUGAGGCAGGGACCAGCCUACAGCAAGCUGCUACGGCAAGACAUGGCCACGAAUGGCAAAACUUGCAGUAACUUGAAGCCCGAGAAGCCUGCUGACAGUGAGGUCGCCGAGGUGGGGAAAGUGGGCAAGGAAGCCCUGGACCCUCUGAUGCCUAUAGUCAUUCCCAACCAGGGUGAAGACAGUCGACCAGUUCCCAAGCAGGUGCAAUGCUUGGAGAAUGGAACAGACCUCUUCAAGAUGUUUGAGGCUGACAUGAACAAGUUUGACUCCUCGCAAGUGCGAAAGUCGUAUCACAAGAUGGCGACCUUCGUUCAUCCAGACAAGCUGGGUCGAGAACCCACGGAUGCAGACCGUGCUCGCUUCACCAAACUGAAGCAGGCUUACACGGUUCUCAUGGACGAGCAGUUGCGUGCCGUGUACAGACAGCACUGCUUUGGCAUUGCUGGCUCUGGUGGGUGCGCUCCACAAGGCCACGAAACUGCUUUGAGCAAAGCUCUGGAAAUGGCCAGAGAUUUGAGAAAGAUGGGCGAGCACACUCCUCCCGCCUUGCCACCAGACAUGUCGGUGAAGCCUAUCCGCGAGCAUGCAGGGAAGAGCCUCCUGGAGAAGUACUUGCCAGAGGUCUCCGGCGGCAAGCACAAGAUGGGAUGCGCAGGUGUGCUCGUGACGCCCGCUGUGCUGGACAGCACCGGAAGCCAGACUUGGGACAGCAUUCUGCAGGCAAACCCAUGGCUGAAGACGACCAACUUGGUGGCCAAGCCGGACCAGCUUAUCAAGCGCCGUGGCAAAGCCGGGCUCCUCGCUGUGAACAAGCCCUUCGAGGAGGCCAAGAAGUGGGUGAUGGACCGCAUGUGCAAGGAUCAGCAGGUGGAGCACGUCACCGGGCAGCUGAACCACUUCUUGAUCGAGCCAUUUGUGCCCCACAAGCAGGAGCAGGAGCACUACAUUUGCAUGCUGUCCCACCGGUACCAUGAUGAGAUCCUGUUCUAUCAUGAGGGUGGUGUCGAUGUGGGCGAUGUCGAUGCAAAGGCAGAGAGGUUGGAGCUUCCCUAUGGCGACAAGCUGACGGAGGCCAUCGUGACGGAGAAGUUGUUGAGCAAGUUGCCGGGCGCCAAAAAGGGCAACAUGGCAUCCUUCAUUGUCAGCCUCUACAAGUUCUACACCGAUCUGCACUUCGCCUACCUUGAGAUCAACCCUCUUGUCAUGCUGGAUGACAACACUGUGGUCCCGCUCGACAUGGCUGCUAAGAUCGAUGAGACCGCAAACUUCCUCUGCGCGCAGAAGUGGGGUGAGCUGGAUUGGCCACCACCAUUCGGCCGUGCUGCAUACCCCGAGGAGGCCCUCAUCCGUGAUAUGGAUGGCCGAACUGGUGCCUCACUGAAGCUGACCAUCCUCAACGAGAAAGGACGAGUCUGGACGAUGGUUGCUGGCGGCGGCGCCUCCGUCGUAUACGCUGACACCGUGGCGGACUAUGGCAUGGGCUCGGAGCUGGCGAAUUACGGAGAGUACUCCGGAGCUCCGUCCACGGAAGAGACUUUCGUCUAUGCCAAGACCCUGCUGUCGUUGAUGAUGAAGUACAAGCAUCCUGAUGGCAAGUUCUUGAUCAUUGGCGGAGGCAUUGCCAACUUCACCGAUGUGGCUGCUACCUUCACUGGCCUCAUCAAGGCUCUGCAGGAGUAUGCUGAUGACAUCAAGGAGCACAAGAUCAAGAUCCUGAUCCGCCGUGCUGGCCCCAACUACCUGGAAGGCCUGCGAAAGGUGAAGGCUGCCAGUGACAAGCUGGGCCUGGGCAUCAAGGUGUAUGGCCCGGAGACCCACAUCACGGCAGUGAUCCCGAUGGCUCUGGGAAAGAUUGACCCACUCCCGGAACCAGACCUGUCGGCAGCUUGCGGGCCUCCCGUUCGGAAGUUGAUUGACCUCAAGGGCAAGAAGCCAACGCCGAAGGGCCAGCCUGCUCCUCCUGCAGGCACCAAGCACACCCUCGUCACCGCGACGCCGGAGACCACUUCCAUUGUGUACGGUAUGCAGAACCGUGCUGUGCAAGGAAUGUUGGACUUUGAUUUCAUGUGCAAGCGCAAGAAGCCGUCGGUGGAUGCCAUGGUCUUCCCUUUCUCCGGCAAUCAUUAUGUGAAGUUCUACUGGGGAACAGAGGAGGUCCUGAUGCCUGUCUACACUACGACCAAGGAGGCCGUGCAGAAGCACCCUAAUGCGUCUGUCUUCGUGAAUUUUGCCUCCUUCCGAUCGGUGCACGAGACAUCCAUGGAGGCCAUGAACCACAAGAAUCUGAAGACCAUUGCUAUCAUCGCGGAGGGCGUGCCCGAGCAACAGACUCGCGACAUCAUCAAGGUCGCAGAGGAGAAGGGCGUAGGCAUCAUCGGUCCAGCGACUGUGGGUGGCAUCAAGCCGGGCUGCCUGCGCAUCGGAAACACUGGCGGUAUGCUGGACAACAUUGUGAUGUCCCGCCUGUACCGGCCUGGUUCCGUCGCCUACGUCUCAAAGUCCGGAGGAAUGUCCAAUGAGCUCAACAACAUCGUCGCCCGAAAUUCGGAUGGUGUCUACGAGGGUGUUGCCAUUGGUGGCGACCGAUACCCCGGCAGCAGGUUCUUGGAUCACUUCCUCCGCUACCAGGACGAUGCCAACGCCAAGAUGCUGCUGUUGCUGGGAGAGGUUGGCGGCGUGGACGAGUACGACCUGAUCGAUGCUGUGAAGAAGGGACGCAUCACAAAGCCAGUGGUGGCCUGGUGUGUGGGCACAUGUGCCUCCUGCUUCACUACGGAGGUGCAGUUUGGACACGCUGGUGCCCAGGCUCGUGGUGACAUGGAGACUGCCGCUGCAAAGAACAAGGCGAUGAAGGAGGCGGGCUUCCAUGUGCCAGACUCCUUCGACCUGCUUCCGGAGAUGAUCAACAAGGUUUACACCAGCUUGGUGGAAGCUGGUGAGAUCGUGGAGACGCCGGAGGGCGAGACUCCCCAGGUGCCGAUGGACUACACCUGGGCAAAGAAGCUUGGCAUGGUCAGGAAGCCUGCGAACUUCAUCUCCUCCAUCUCGGAUGACCGUGGCGAGGAGCUCACCUACUGCGGCAUGAGCAUCUCAGACGUCUUCAGCAAGGAGAUUGGCAUCGGUGGUGUCCUCUCCCUCCUGUGGUUCCGGCGACAGCUUCCUGCCUACUGCUCGAAGUUCAUCGAGAUGAUCCUCAUGGUAACCGCAGAUCAUGGUCCAGCAGUGAGUGGCGCACACAACACCAUCGUCACUGCCCGUGCAGGCAAAGACCUGGUGUCCUCUCUCUGCAGUGGUCUGCUGACUAUCGGUCCUCGAUUUGGUGGUGCACUGGAUGACGCGGCAAGGAUGUUCGCAGAUGCGCAGGGCAGUGGUGUCGCGCCCAAGGAUUGGAUCGAGAAGAUGAAGAAGAGCAAUCAGCUGAUCAUGGGCAUCGGGCACAGGAUCAAGUCCCUGGCCAACCCGGACCAGCGAGUUGAGAUCAUCAAGGGCUUUGCGAAGAAGCAUUUCAACAACACGCCAGUUCUUGACUAUGCCCUGGCCGUGGAACAGAUCACCACCCGCAAGCGAGCAAAUCUUAUCCUGAACGUCGAUGGCUGUAUCGCCGUGUCGUUCGUGGACAUGAUCAGAUCUUGCGGGGCCUUCUCCAAGGAAGAGUGCGAUGACCUCAUGGCCUUUGGCUGCCUCAAUGGCCUGUUCGUUCUGGGCCGAUCGAUCGGCUUCAUUGGCCACUACUUGGACCAGCUGCGGCUGAAGCAGCCGCUGUACCGCCAUCCUUGGGACGACAUCACCUACAUCCAGGAGUUGGCUGGCCAGGGGCCAGAGUAA